AUGAAGUACGUUGUUGUUUCUGGUGGUGUUAUCUCUGGUAUUGGUAAGGGUGUUCUGGCAUCCUCUACGGGCAUGCUAUUGAAGACGCUUGGUCUAAAGGUUACUUCCAUUAAAAUUGACCCAUAUAUGAAUAUCGAUGCUGGGACGAUGUCGCCCUUGGAGCACGGUGAGUGUUUUGUUCUUGAUGACGGUGGGGAAACGGAUUUGGACCUCGGUAAUUACGAACGGUACCUAGGGAUUACCUUAAGUAAAGACCACAAUAUCACCACUGGUAAGAUAUAUUCUCAUGUAAUUGCCAGAGAAAGAAGAGGUGAUUAUCUGGGUAAAACCGUGCAGAUUGUCCCUCAUCUUACUAAUGCGAUUCAGGAUUGGAUUCAACGUGUUUCGAAGAUUCCAGUCGAUGACACAGGCUUAGAACCGGACGUCUGUAUCAUUGAAUUGGGCGGUACUGUGGGCGAUAUCGAAAGUGCACCCUUUGUGGAAGCUUUGCGACAAUUCCAGUUCGAAGUCGGGAGAGAGAACUUCGCGUUGAUCCAUGUUUCAUUGGUACCCGUUAUUCAUGGUGAACAAAAGACUAAACCCACUCAGGCCGCAGUCAAAGAUCUAAGGUCACUGGGGCUCAUUCCUGAUAUGAUUGCGUGCAGAUGCAGUGAGGAGCUGAACACAGGCACUAUCGACAAGAUCGCUAUGUUCUGUCACGUGGGACCAGAGCAAGUAGUUAACGUCCAUGAUGUCAACUCCACGUAUCAUGUUCCUUUAUUGCUGUUAAAGCAGCACAUGAUCGAUUAUCUACAUUCAAGAUUGAAAUUGGAUGAAGUCCCCCUAACUCUGGAGGACAAGGACAGAGGAUCCCAAUUAUUGGCUAACUGGGAGGCCAUGACCAAAAACCUCGAUGAUUCUGACGAUGUGGUCAAGAUUGCCCUCAUUGGCAAGUACACUAAUCUAAGGGAUUCGUACUUGUCAGUGACCAAAUCUCUAGAGCAUGCAAGCAUGAAAUGCCGUCGUCGACUAGAAAUCCUUUGGGUGGAGGCAGGUAACCUGGAGCCCGAGACCCAAGAGGUGGAUAAGAACAAGUUCCACGACUCGUGGAAUAAACUCAGCUCUGCAGAUGGGAUUUUGGUGCCUGGUGGGUUCGGCACGAGAGGCAUAGAAGGUAUGAUUCUUGCCGCCAAAUGGGCCCGUGAAUCCGGUGUUCCCUUCCUUGGGGUGUGCCUUGGCCUACAAGUAGCUGCUAUCGAGUUUGCCCGCAAUGUGCUAGGCCGUCCAAACAGUAGUUCUACGGAGUUUUUGGAUGAGUCGCUAUUGGCUCCUGAAGAUCAAGUGGUCGUAUACAUGCCCGAGAUCGAUAAGGAACACAUGGGUGGCACAAUGAGAUUGGGGUUGAGGCCCACGAUUUUCCAACCGGGCUCGGAAUGGAGCCACAUAAGGAAGCUCUAUGGCGAGGCGAACGAAGUGCAUGAAAGACAUCGUCAUAGGUACGAGAUCAACCCUAAACUGGUAGACCAAAUGGAGUCGCACGGCGUUCUUUUUGUAGGUAAGGACGAGACUGGCCAGCGUUGUGAAAUAUUCGAACUGAAGGGGCAUCCAUACUACGUCGGCGCUCAAUAUCAUCCCGAAUAUACGUCUAAAGUGUUGCAACCAUCAAGACCAUUUUGGGGGCUUGUAGCUGCAGCAUCCGGGAUUCUUGAUCAGGUGAUCAACGACAUAAACGCAGCGCCACAGGGAACGACAAUGAAUGAAUAA